AUGGAGGUACAAGCUGAUAAGGAGAUUACUCAAGGCAGGGAUGAGGUAUACCUAAGCCGAUUACGGAAGGAUAUAAAACGGGUGGAAGAACAUCUUAAACAAGCAGAUGCUGCAAUUGGAUCCUUUGAUGAAACGUUGCACGAAUCAAGUCCAAUUGAAAAACAAAUAAUUGCAUUGUAUAGAACGUAUAAAUGUAUACCAUACAAACCAGACAAAAAUGACUCUAUAUCAACAUCAACCACUACGGUUGUACUAGAAAAAAUGAUUCAAGAGAAAAAAGGCCAACUAGCCAAGGCCAAGAAUGAUAAGACACUAGAGAAAAAAGACGAGUUUGAUUUUGCAGCCAUGGUAAAUGAGUUGCAAACGAUUCGAGACGAAAAGUUAGAGGCAAAGGAAGUAUUGAGUAAAAUAUUGAGUAGAGAAUUUGAGUCUUUGUUGAAUGAAAAACUUCAAGAAUCAAAUAAUAUCCAGGUACAGCUUAAAGGAUUUUUGAGAAAAGUCUUGAUCAAAUACCUUGCAUUGUCUGAUUUAGCCAGGGGACAAGUUAGUGAUCGAGACAAGAUGAAAUCUGAUCUUUUGCAAUUGAGUAAAUUUUUCAACAUUUUAACCCAUGAAGAAUGGAUUGAGGUGCCGAGUGGUUUCAAAGGGGUUGUUGAGAUAUUAGAGGAUAGUAAUCUUUUCGAGUUUCGGGAUAGUUUCAUCAGAUUGAAAAAAGGAUAG